AAAAAAACAGUAUACCUGCACUUGAGCCGCCACUUUGCUGAUAAGAUAUCGCAAAUACAGCGAUCACAAGCCGCAAUUCAAAGUGCCAGCAUUGUAGUUUCUGCCGUUGUUGCAAUAGCAAGUGCCUAAAUCCUUUCACCGCGUGAGUUAGGUUCAAGAUCUGCUACAUCGAUUGGAAGUUUUGCAAUCAGCCGAAAGACAGACUGGAUUUCGGUGAUCUAGUUGAAGAAACCCAUUAUCGAAAAUGACCACCGACCGGAACGAUCUCAACAUGGGGAUGCGCUGUGUGAAGUACAUGAUUUUUGUCAUCAAUUUCAUGUUUCUGCUCACGGCGAUCCUCAUCGUCACGGUAGGAACCGCCAUCGGUACCAUCUUCGGUGAUUUCGAGUACUUCAUCGAUUCGCACUUCUUCUCGCCGGCCCACCUGCUGGUGGCGAUCGGAAUCAUCAUGAUGUUCGUAUCGAUUUUCGGCUGCAUCGGAGCCGUCAAGGAGAGCACCGCUAUGAUUAAUAUCUACGGCGUUCUGUUGGCAAUCGUGUUUAUCCUGGAAUUGGCAGCGGCAAUUUCGGCCUUCGCUCUCCAGGGACAAGUCAAGGAAAUGGUCCGUCGAACCCUCAACGAAUCGAUGGCCAACUACAACGGCAAUCCCAGCGUGGAGCAGUCCGUUGAUUUCAUGCAGCAAGUGUUGGAGUGCUGCGGCGUGGACAGCCACAAGGACUGGUCCUUCUUCCUACAGCCAGUCGCGAACGCAACCGAAUCUGACGUCGUGGUACCGGAAUCGUGCUGUCCCCCUUCGACUCUCAAGGAAUCCUGCAUCCCGUACGAGUACGGAUGCCUCGAUCGGCUGCAGUGGGUGGUGGCCCAGAGUGCUGCUCUGAUCGCUACCGGCGCAAUGACCGUGGCAUUCGUGCAGAUCUUGGGAAGCAUUUGCGCCUUCAUGCUGGCCCGUACCAUUCGGCGAACAAAGUCCCUGCGGGCUGCCCGUCGCUGGCAGCUUCAGCAGAGUCUGGGCAUUAUGACCAAGCCGCAUAACCCGUCGUACACGCAGAUGGAGAAGUCGGAGAAAAACCCGGACUCGGAGAUGUAUCUGCCCAACAGCCCAAGUGUUAACUGAUGGGCAUUGGUCUGGUGCAGCAUAAUAUGAGUAUAAACAUUAUGAGAUAAAUCUAUGUAUGUGAUUGCAACAUCAGUUAUUGGCUUUACGUAUUUAUGUGACGGACAAAAUGUAAUUUAUGUAAAAAAAUUACUGAAUAAAUAAAACUGAAAUAAAACUAUA